AUGCAAACUCCAGAAGAAGGUGAACUCUGCUUUCCAAAACUGUACAAUUUGUCCUGUAGGAAGACCACCCGUCCUCCCUCUACCUCCAUGCUCAUUUAUAUUACACUGUCCUCCAUCUCUCUGCUUACUGUUACUCUUAAUAUGCUGGUCAUCAUCUCCAUCUCACACUUUAGGAAGCUCCACAGCCCCACCAACUUCCUCCUCCUCUCUCUGGCGGUCUCAGACUGCAUGGUGGGGUUCCUCAUUUCCUUUCAAAUCAUCCUCAUAGAUGGCUGCUGGUAUCUCGGGGACCUCAUGUGUGCAAUGUACCUUGUUUUGGAUUAUGUUAUCGCUUCAACUUCAAUAGGAACCAUGGUGCUCAUCUCAGUUGACCGCUAUGUGGCCAUUUGUUACCCCUUUUUUUACUUCAGCAAAGUAACUGCAGAAAGAACAAAGAUGUGUAUUUUACUGUGUUGGAUGUGUUUUAUUCUCUAUCAGACUCUUCUCCUGAAGGAAAAUCUGCAAAACCCUGGUAGAUUUAAAACCUGCUAUGGAGAGUGUGUGGUUUUUCUAAACUACUUUGAGGGAUUUCUUGAUCUGUUUUUCUCCUUUAUUGGACCCAUUACUGUCAUUAUAGUUUUAUAUUCAAGAGUGUUUGUGGUGGCUGUGUCUCAGGCUCGUUCCAUGCGCUCUCAGGUUGCAGCUGUCACUCUUCAUGGUUCAGUGAGAUUUAAAGCUAAGAAGUCUGAGAUGAAGGCAGCCAUGAUUCUUGGUGUUGUUGUUGUUGUGUUUCUUUUAUGUACCUGUCCAUAUUUCUGUCUUACACUUACUACACAAGAUACUGGAGUCAGUGCUUCAUCUGUAGCUUUUCUUUUGUUUGAUGUUAAUUCCACUCUAAACCCUCUGAUCUAUGUCCUGUUUUACCCCUGGUUCCGGAAAUCAGUUAAAUUAAUUCUUUCUCUCCGGAUCCUGAGGCCUGACUCCUGCAACGCUAACAUAAUGUGA